AUGUCUGCCACUCAACUCAGCUUCUCCCUCCGCGUCUCCUCUGGCGUCAAGUCCGACAAGACCUCCAGCAAGUCCGGCUCCUGGAAGGGAACUUUCCGCUUCUCCAGCUCCACCCUCAAGUCUGGCCAGCGCUACUGGUACUACUACAUCAUCGACGGCUACCAUGUCUCCCACAACCCCUCGGUAGACUCCACCGUCGAGCCCACCACUGGCCGCGCCCUCAACAUCCUCGACAUGCCCAAGUCCUCCAAGUCUUCCUCCUCCUCCUCCAGCAAGUCCUCGAGCAAGUCUUCCAGCAAGUCUUCCUCCAGCUCCAGCAAGUCCUCCUCUUCCUCCUCCUCCAAGAGCUCUAGCCGCCGCUCCUCCAGCGACAUCCCCAAGGGCCGUCCCCUCUCCGUCUCCCAGAUCAAGGCUCCCAAGCCCGUCAACCCCAGUGCCACCCGCACCAUUCUGGACUACGACGAGGAGGUCGAGGACCUCGCUGGCCGCUUCCAGGGCGCCGUCAUCUACGACUCCGACGAGUCCGACGAGGACUCCGACCUCAGCUACGGAUCUUCUUCCUCCAGCGACGUCUCCGGCUACAGCACCCCAGUCUCCGACUGCUCCACCUGCUCCUGCGAGCGCUACGGAAUCACCCGCAAGGGCGACCGUGUCCGCCUCGACUGCGGUGGCUCCCGCUGCGGCUAUGAUGACUCGUCCUGCUCCGACUCCGACUCCGAGUACGUCAACACCGACGCCCGCCGCAACGGCAUCGUCGUCCGUGGCUAA